CGCGAAAUGCACGCCUUAUUUCGGCACAUGACGUCCUUGUAACUUUUUGUGUGUGUGUGUUGUAAUGGAUUGCUCAACGCACGGAUCCCCGCGAAAAGGGCUGACGUCACCUCAUAUUCAGCCUCUAAAAAGCCACGUGCGCCCCAAACCAGUUGUCCUGGUUAAAACAACAGCGGCGUCGAUUCAAGUACCCAUCACGGCGGCGUCGAUCAUGGUUACCCUGGGCGAGCUGAAUUGAAACAGUUGCGUGGUUCCAGCGGCGUUUUGACGGCGCGCUCUUAAGAGGGAUGUGAAGGCGCAAUGAAUAUGUAAUCCUCUCCCCGCUCCCCAUCCAACAUUUCCAUCCCGCGCACAGCUGAUCAUGGUCUAUAGGAGAGCGGCGCUACGAGAAGUCUCUGCUUCGAGACUCGGGUGAAGAGAAGACUUCAUUACCCCCGUUUGAUCAGAUUUAAUCGGGAACCCGCCGCACCCUGGCAACGACACUGGGACACACGCAGCGCUGGGACGGGGGGAUUUCCCCUGAAAAGUGAGUGAAGAUGACCCGGCCGAUCUACUGCUACAUCACCAUCCUUCUGCACUGCAGCCUGCAUCCUAUGAUAUGCACCCGAAACCUCUCGUCCGCAAAACCCGGAUCAAAUGACGUCGAGGGACAGCGCUUUGAAUCCAACAUUUCUACGUCGGUGGUCAUCACCAAAUUGACUCGGCUCCUCUCCAAAUCUCAGCUGCUCGUCGAAGGCAACGGCUCGGGGGAGACCGCGGCUAUCGUCGCCCCAUCGGGCCUCUCGUGGCUGCAUGGCUCCCACCGCAAGGGGCACUUUCUGCCACACUCGAGGACGAAACGGAGGCCCAUUGUCAAAACGGGGAAGUUCAAGAAGAUGUUCGGCUGGGGAGACUUUCACUCCAACAUCAAAACGCUGAAGCUCAACCUCCUCAUCACGGGCAAGAUUGUUGACCAUGGCAACGGCACUUUCAGCGUGUACUUUCGGCACAACUCGACCGGCCAGGGAAACGUGUCCGUGAGCCUCGUACCGCCCACCAAGGCAGUCGAAUUCGAUCCCCCGCAGCAGUCUGUGAUCGAAGCCAAAGACUCCAAGACCUUCAACUGUCGGAUAGAGUACGAGAAGGUGGACCGUGCUAAGAAGAACGUGCCCUGCAAUUACGACCCGUCCAAGAGCUGCUCCCAGGAGCAGAUCCAGAGCCACGUGUCCUGGCUCUGCUCCAAGCCCUUUAAGGUCAUCUGCAUCUACAUCGUUUUUUACAGCACGGACUACAAGCUGGUGCAGAAGGUGUGUCCCGACUACAAUUACCAUAGCGACACCCCGUACUACCCAUCAGGAUGACCUCCCAUCCGCCAUGUAGCGCCGUGCAUCUGCUUUAUUCUUGACUCUCUUAUUGUGAAUAUAGACACAUAGUAUUGUACAAUUUGUAAAUAUUAAGUUUUGAUCGUAAAUGUGAACCAGUGUCAGAGUAGUUUAUUCCUUUUAAUCAAAGCGACAAUAUUUGUUUGGUUAAUCUGCCAUAUAUGUUAAAUGGUAAACCAUUUCCCAAAGAUAGUAUUUAAAAAGGUAUGAUUAUUAUUUGGACAUUUUAAGGUGUAUACAAUACUGUAUGUGGAAGCAGCCUCAUUGAGCAGAGCUUAACCAACUGGACACGCAGAAUAAUAAUUAAAAAAAAUCCUGUAUUACUGUUACCACUGUGAUUGUGUAAGUAUUCAUCAUAAUUACUCGUCAAUCUUUUGCAUUAUUGAGCGUUGGAACUUCCUCGAGAGGUAAUAAAUUUCCAUGUCUGGUAUACCAGACGUAUCGAAAUUUACUGUGGCUGUUUGUGAAACUUUAAAAGUAUACACUUACUAAUCGUCAGAUUUAAUUGCCGUAUUUUGCAAUUUGAUUUUUGAAAUGAACAAUGACAGAAAUAUAAUGCAUUAUUUAUUUAAAACUGCUAUUGUUUUACAAAGAGUAAUCUCGGGCAUUCUCUCUGUUUUAAUUAUCAACAAGUGUUCAUGUUACCACUUGGCCAUUACAUCCUUUUGUUAAAAAUCAGCCACAUUGUGUUCACUUGUUGGUCGUAUAAACAUUUACAGUGUUCUAAUCAAUGCCUCUUUUUCGACCAAUACAUGCCAAACAACUUUGUAAAGGUCUAUGUAUAGUUAAAACUGUUUAUUUAUAUAGCAAAUGCCCUUGCAUUUAUAUAUUUUAUUAUUUACAAAGCUAGAUUAAUGAAGUUAAUGCUAAUUAAUUUGCAGUGUCAUGCAAUUAUAUAUAUACAUAGGACACCUAGGGGGGCAGUCGAAGCAAUUUUAAAAAUGAGAUGUAAUUUAAAGAUAGUGAAAUAAAACAAGUCUGUGGUGAGACAAAAUA